CAAACAGUACUCUUUUAGCAGUAUUAUAAACUGCAUUUCAACUUACACGUUAUCAUAAUAAGAACAAAAAACCACCGAUUUCACAUAAGCAAUUUCAGUUACAAGUUCUUGAAAUCCUUUGUUAAAUAGCCAUUUUCAAGAAUUCCCCUACUUCAACCAAAGAAAAUUUGAUACUUAUGACCUCGAGGCGAAAAUCUUCCCAGAGAGUGUAGAAAGCAUAAGUUCUCAUAUAUUUCGUCAAAGAAAAUUUGGCACUUUUGAUUUCAUAUGAAGAUUCUCAUAGAGAGUCAGAAAGCGUCAAUUCUGAUUGUGUGGCGGUAAAAAAAUAUCUAUCUUGGCAACGAACACAUCAUUGACUGAUAGAUUAUUUUCAGACUCGGUUAACAAAAAAAUGAGGAUAAUGAGAGGAUUUAGGCUUGGAAGGAGAUUGGUGAGAGUUUUCAAGUUCAUUCAUAGGAGAAGAAAGGCAAAAAUCAGCUACAAACGUUUGGGAUCCUCCAAUUGUGCAACCAAAGCAAUUUCAAAGCUUUGUAAUUUGGGAAAUUUGUUGAAGCAUUGUGUUAAAGGUGUCAACUUUAGAAGACCUGGUUCGGGCUAUAUCCCGGUGGGGUCGGAUUUUAUGAAUCAGAACCAAAUAUCAAAGGGUCAUUUGGCUGUGUAUGUUGGUGAAAAACAGGAUGAUGCAUGUAGAGUUUUAGUGCCCGUGACUUAUUUUAAUCAUCCUUUGUUUGCUAAUUUGUUGAGAGAGGCUGAAAUUGUUUAUGGGUUCAAUCACUCGGGUGGCAUCCAAAUCCCUUGUAGGACAUCCGAAUUCGAGCACGUUCAAUCAAUAAUUGCCGCCACGGGGGGUGGUGGAAGUAGUGCCGAAAGGAGGAGGUGGAGGCGUAAAUACUGGUGAAUUGUGAUCAGAGGCGAACCUAAAAUUUAAAAGUAUAUUUUCUUAAGUUAUGUUGGUAGGAAAAAUUAAUGAACAAGAAUCACCACCAACGGUAGGCAUAAAUAAUGGUAAGUUGUGAUCAGAAGCUAACGAAUCUAAUAUUUAAAAGUACAGUUUUAACUUAUGUGUGUCGAAAAAAGUAAUGAACAGGAAUCGCCACCACGUUGACGGUGGAAUUUGUCGUGGAGCGAGCUGGAGUCAUAACUCAUAAGUACGGUGAAUUGUGACCAGAGGUGAAUAUCAGAUUUGGAAUUACAUUCUUUUUAACUUGCGUGUCUAUGAAGAAAGUAAUGAAUGUGUUUGCACUUACUACUUACUAGAUUGACUUUCACUAUUGAUCAUGUCGGACUUUGACCCUAUUUAUGUUUAUUUAGAGAUUUUUUAGUUAUAUACG